CCCCGCAAAGCCAAGUCGUCUGCCCCAGAAGUUCGUCUGAUCUGGUUUCCCCGGUUUUCUGUCCUGGUUUUGAGCAAGUCAAUUGUCAAAAUGGAGUCCGACAGCGCCCAAGUAUCAGAAAAACACGCUCGCACCAUAUCGAUCGAAGUCGGCGAGUCGCAGCCCUUCGACCAACAUGCGACUAAGAAGCUCUUGAGGAAGCUAGACUGGCACAUCAUUCCAUUUAUGAGUUUGAUCUACCUGCUCUGCUUCCUCGACAGGACGAACAUUGGAAACGCUAGGCUGGACCACUUGGAGCAGGACCUCAAACUGAAGGGCAUUCAGUACAACGACUGCCUUGCCAUUCUCUUCCCGUUUUACAUCGCGGCCGAGAUCCCGAGCAACAUGAUGAUGAAGCGUCUUCGGCCGUCGAUCUGGCUGACAUUCAUCAUGGUUUGCUGGUCUGCGUCGAUGAUCGGACAAGGAUUCGUGAAGGACUACUCAGGGCUUAUGGCGACUCGCGUUUUUCUCGGAGUUUUCGAGGGUGGUCUUUUUCCCGGUGUCAACUACUACAUCACGCAAUGGUACUGUAGAAACGAAUGUGGCUUCAGAAUGGCCCUCUUCUUCUCCGCAGCCACUCUCGCCGGUGCUUUUGGGGGUAUUCUCGCGCGAGGAAUUGCAGAGAUGCAUGGAGUAGGCGGUCUCUCGGCCUGGGCAUGGAUCUUCAUCCUCGAGGGUCUCCUGAGUAUCUUGGUGUCUUUCACUGCGUACUGGGCAAUCUACGACUAUCCUGCCACAGCACAAUUCCUUUCAGAAAAGGAGCGAUCUGAAGUCCAGCGUAGACUGCAAGUGGACUCAGGCCACUUGUCCAACGAGUUCAACAUCAAGUAUGUCUGGCAGGCCAUCAAGGAUUGGAAGAUCUACAUCCACAUGCUCAUCUGCAUGGCGGGUUUCUGUCCAAUCUACUCGAUUGCCCUGUUCCUGCCAACCAUCAUCAAGAACAUGGGCUACACCUCGAACACCGCUCAAUUGAUGUCGGUGCCGCCGUAUUGCUUCGCUUGUAUCUUCACGAUCGCCGCCAGUUGGUAUGCGGAUCGCGUGAGACAGCGUGGCAUCUUCCUGAUGGGCUUCCAGUUGGUAGGAAUCCUGGGCUUCGGUCUCCUAGUGGGUACUAGCAAGUCUUCUGCACAAUACGCUGGCACUAUUUUCGCCGCGAUCGGCAUCUAUCCUCAAAUCCCACUUGGUCUUGCCUGGAACAGUAGCAACAUCGGCGGAAGUCUGAAGCGGGGGACUGGUAUUGCGAUGCAAGUCAUGGGUGGAAACUGCGGCGGCAUCAUCGCGUCUUAUGUAUACCUGAGCCGGGAUGGACCCCGCUACACUACCGGACACAGCAUUCUUAUUGGCUUUGUGAGCAUGGCCUUCUUUUUGACGAUGUUCAUGACUACAUGGUGCAGAAGGGAGAACGCCCGCAGAGACCAAGUUGCUAGUGAGGUUGAAGUGCAAGAGUUGACAGCAGAGCAAAAGGAGCUGGAAGCUGAGCUCGCAGAUAAUGUGCCGUGGUUUAGAUACACAAUCUGAGACGUGCAGUCUGGAUAGCCGUUUCUUACAAAGGGCUGAGGCUAAAGGGAUGAAGUAGAGGGGCAAAUCCAUCCACUCGGGUUGUUUGACCCCUUGUCUGAUGGCAUUCUGCCCCGAGACCAGAUCGUCCGGUGAUCCCUUUGGACCCUAUGUAUAAGUCAGGAGCGGUGUUGUAUAAGGUAGAGGGACUAUGCCCUCGACGAUUGGCAAAUAGAGUAGGCUCCACUGAAGUCUCGGUCACGAUCCGAGCUCUAGUCAACGGAACCUUUUUGUAGCGAAGUUAGUCGGAUCGCAAUCCUAAAGCCGGGAAGAUCUAAUCGCUGCCGUCGCUAUUAUAGGUCUUUUCAUUGACACAGGUUCUCGGCAGUGACAUCUGACACCUGCAUUUCCGGUCCGAACAAGUGAGAGCCGC